AUGGUAGGACCACAAGUUCUAGCUACACCAUUACUAAGAGGAUCUAUCCCAUCACUAUACUACAUGGAUUUCCGGGAUAUUAGCAUCGCUAAUGUUCGCCUUGGACUGCAGGGAUCCUUCUCUGAGGGUUGUGCCAUAGAUACAGGAGCUGCAUUUACUUCACUUGUUUCUAAUGCUUAUGCUCGUGUGAGAAGUGGUCUUGUUCAGUACUUUGCACAGUUUCAUAUUCAACCAUACAACAGCGGAAGUAGACCACGAGAUGUGCCAAUAUUAGAUCUAUGUUUCCCUAAGCCGUCUGGUUUUAUUAGGUUUCCAACUAUGACUUUCCAUUUGAGAGGAAAUGACCUUGUUGUAAAACCAACUGGGGUGUUUGUAGCAAUGGGAAAUUAUAUUUGUGUUGCACUUAAAUCAGGCGUCAGUACAAUGAUUGGAGCUUAUCAACAAACGCAAUACAAAUUCUCCUAUGAUUUGGAGUUGUGA